GUUACUAAUGCAUAUGAUGGUGUGUGGAAGUCUGCUAGUGUUGUUUUACCUCAUCUACAAGCCUUCCCUCGACCCACUAGACCUUGAACAACAGCAAUCUACAAAUUCGUCCGGCAGCCUCUGGGCUCCAAUGCCAAAUGAGUACAAGAAGCUCCGUGUUAAACCCAGGGGCGUGGCUAACCGUAAUGCAGGUCUUCAGUGGGUGAGGACACACGCUAAAACAGGGGUUGUUUACUUUGCCGAUGAUGACAACACCUAUGACAUUAGGGUGUUCGAAGAGAUGCGAUAUACAAAGGGUGUGUCAAUGUGGCCUGUUGGUUUAGUGACACAUACAGGCAUUUCAACACCCGUGUUGAAAAAUGGAAAAUUCGUUGGCUGGUAUGAUGGAUCCAUAAAUUCCAGAAAAUUCCCUGUUGAUAUGGCAUGCUUUGCUUUUAGUGUCAGUUAUCUGUUACAGGUUCCAGAGGCAAUAAUGCCCUUCAAAGCAGGGCGUGAAGAAGAUGGUUUUCUAACAAGCCUUAAAAUUAAAGCUGAAGAGAUCGAGUUUAAGGCAGAUUUGUGUACAAAGGUAAUUUAAAUUUCUGAUAUUGUAAAAGUUCUUUUUUAACAUGAAAAGUGAUUUGAUAGAUGCUCUUAGUGAUGAAAGUGACUGAUGUUCAUGAAUUAUUACGUUGAAAUCGAUUGAAUAAGUGUG